AUGAUCACCAUGAAGCGCAGGCUCUCCGAUGCCGGCGACCAGCCGAAAGUCUCAACCCCUAAGAGACGCAGAACAGCUCUCGAACAGUCCAAUGGCACCUUAAAUGGCAAUGCCCCUAAUAACGCGCCCUCAAAUGGCGACUCUGAACUUCCUCCAUCACAACUCGACCAAUCGACGCCAAAAAAGACCAACGGCGUGUCCGCGACGCCGUUACAACAAUCUGGGCUGAAAACGCCCACCCAUAAGUCGAAGGCUCGUGGCCUGUUCGCUACACCUACCAAGCCCAAAUCUGCCACUGCGGCCACCCCAUCGCGGGUGAAGAAUGCAGACCGCUCGGCAAGAAAGAAGAGCGCGAGAGUGCUGUUCGAACAUGAUGAAGAUGCUGCCUGGGACGGAUCAGAGCGCUUAGCGGAGGAAAUCUUGCAGGGUGAUGAACCUGAACCUGAACCAGAGAACCCCGACCAAACUGUGGCCGAGAGCGUUGAACCCGAUGAUGCUGCAGAGAAGGGAGAAAAACAGCCCAAGCGUCGCGCGGGUCGGCCAAAGGGCGCCAGGAACAAGCGUUCCCCCACGCCCGAAGGCGAGCUUCCUGCCCACGAGCGAUACUUCUUUCAGAACCGAGCCGGUCCCAACAAGACCUCCAAUGCCACUCUCAACAAGGUGCCGCUGUUAACGCACGAAGAAUACUUUGAAAAGCUGGAACAUUACAAGGAUCCUUGCAGGGAAGAAAAGGAAUACCUGCUAUCCUUGCACCACCGGUCCUUCCCGCAGUGGGCAUUCGAGUUUGACGAAGGCUUCAGUAUCUGUCUAUUUGGAUACGGCUCCAAGCGCAAGCUCGUAGACCAAUUCGCAGAAUGGAUAUACAACCACCGUCUAUCAGACUCUGCGAAUUCACCCAUCGUUAUCGUCAAUGGUUAUACGCCUGGCAUCUCCAUCCGAACAAUCUUCGCUACGAUCGUCACAGCCGUGAUGGGCGAAAGUGCCCCGACUAAACUGGGUGCGCAGCCAACUGAAGUCCUCGAGCUCUUACAAUCCGUUCUCCAAUCCCGCCCAGAGGAUCAAGAACCGGUGACUGUUCUGAUCAACUCAAUUGACGCACCGCCUCUGCGCCGUGCAGCCAAUCAAGCACUGCUAGCCCGUUUGGCUGCCACACCACGCAUUCGCGUCCUCGUCACAGCUGAUACCCCUAAUUUCCCUGUUAUGUGGGACAUCAGCCUGCGCGACCAGUUCAAUCUGGUCUUCCACGACUGCACUACGUUCCUACCAUUCUCCGCGGAGGCGGACGUUGUUGAAGAGGUCCAUUCUCUACUUGGUCGCAAGGGCCGUCGCGUUGGCGGAAAGGAUGGUGUCGGCUUUGUGCUCAAGAGUCUUCCCGAGAACGCACGCAACCUGUAUCGACUCUUGCUAACGGAGUUGAUCACUGGUCUGGAUGACGGCCACCAGUCUGACGAUGAAGCUCCGGUCGAUGGUGGCAGGUCCGAGGAAACUGGUAUCGAGUUCCGUAUGCUUUACCAGAAAGCAACGGAAGAGUUUGUCGCGUCUUCAGAGAUGAUGUUCCGAACUUUGUUGAAGGAGUUCCAUGAUCACCAGAUGAUCACUUCGCGCAUGGACGCCAGCGGAAUGGAAAUCUUGGGUGUGCCGCUCUCUCGUGAUGAGAUGGAGGGCGUGCUCGAGGAUCUGGUGCUAGGGUAG